GCAGCCGUCAUUCAUUACAAAUGGUAUGCCGAUCCGCCGGGGGCCGGACGCCGCAAACCCCCUCGGUCACCGGAUCGGCGGCAGCUGCUCGGCCCCCCGGUGCUAUUUUCACCCUCAGGAUAAAGUGAUGUGCAGCCGCCGCCCGCACGCACGGCCCCAGCAGCUCCAGUCAGACCAGAGCAGAGCCAGGAUGAAGUCCACAGGCAGCGAGUGCACCGCGCAUCCCGACGGCUUCACCUCCGACCUGGACGACCUGGACAGCAGCAGUGACAGCUCCGAUGGGAAGUCCACCGGCGGCUGCAGCCCACGCAGGGAACCGGGAGAGGGUGCAGGGAAGGGGACAACGGCCGGUGGUGGUUCUCGUGCCGGGGCCCCGAGACGGAGGAGAAGGCGGAGACGGAACAGCAGCGGAGGUGAAAGAGGAGGUGGAGAUCCGCGUCUGUCCGGUGUGAGCAAGCAAAGGCAGGCGGCCAACGCGCGGGAGCGGGACAGGACGCACAGCGUGAACACGGCAUUCACCGCGCUCCGCACGCUCAUUCCCACCGAGCCCGCCGACAGGAAGCUCUCCAAGAUAGAGACGCUGCGCCUGGCCUCCAGCUACAUCUCCCACCUGGCCAAUGUGCUGCUCUUGGGGGAGGACUGCAGGGACGGACAGCCCUGCCUCCGUUACCAGAGCAUCCUGCACGGCCCCGCCGCGCUCAGCGCGCCCUCCCUGCGGCCCAUCUGCACUUUCUGCCUCAGCAACCAGAGGAAGCAGCUCAGAGAUGGAGGAAAGCACUCAGCUGCUGUGUGAAGCAAAGCGGCUCCGGACAGACGAGGAGUCCACCUUGAUGUUGUUUACAUGUAGACAUGAGGCGUAAAACACACCUGUAGGACUUUGUACAUAUAUAAAUAUAUUUAUUCUUGGAUUAGAUUAGAAAACCAAAGACAGAACUAACACUGAAAAGCACUUUCUGUUCACAUACGUGUGCUUCUGAACCCGUGUUUUGGUUGAGCUGUAACCUGAGCCGAUGUGUAAAGUUGCACCUGACGGGAGACUAUUUCGGGCCUACGAAUAGUACAAACCCCCCCACCCCGUGUCCGACUCCUAAAAAAAGCCUUGUCGCCUUCAGUCACAUGAAGGAAACUGAAGAGCUGCUGCUGCAGCGGUUGCUGUCAGUUGAGUGGCGUUAACGCUGCCUUCAAGUGCUGUGAGAAAUAUCACAAUUAUGCAGAGGCACUUUAAAGGGGCAUUAACUGAUCCAUCUAUCAGAAGACAUCUCUGCACAUUAAAGCAUAACGACAUCUCAGGCAUCAGAAAAAUAACAUGCCACCUCUGCAGAGGCUGCUAAUGUUUGCAAUGACGUCCUACACAAAGCACAGAUUUCUAUACCUGCACCAAGGGAUCGCACUAUGGAGCCUCAUCUGACACUUUUCAUCCACUUUGGAAAAAAUAAUCACAUCCUGCAAAGAACAAAGAC